GGCGCUCGGUCGCGCGGAGACGGCCCUGGGGAGGGGCGACUGUGCGAGUGCUGGGUUGAGAACCCCCGGAGUGUUUCCAAUCCCGAAGGCGAUGUCCAGUGCUCCGUGUUGCGCGCGACAAGGAAGGGGGAUGCGCUUCGCCGUCGUCGUGGUGGUCGUUACUGCGCCGCUCGUAUACACCCGGUGACUCUGCGAUCGCGCACGUCCGUCCAGGACGCGAGUUCUGCGAAAAAGCGCGCUGCGAGUGCUAAAUCGUUCCGUGGUGCGCGACAUCCGUUUUUACGCGAGCGAGGUGCGUCUAUCACGCACACAUACAUACAUAUAUAUACAUACAUACAUAUAUCUGUAUUUCCCCGACAUCUCGACGUCGUCGCGCGCUCUCGACGGCAUCGACGGAGCGAAACGUCGAGCGUGCGUUGUGUGUACGUGCGAGCGAAAGAGAAAGAGAGAGACGGACAGAGACUGAGGAACGAGAGGAGGGAGGAGAGAAGGAAACAACGCGCGCAUUAGACUUCUAACGCGCGAUGUGUCCGUGUGUCCGUGAUUCGUGAGGAAAAAAAAUCAUCGCGAAGAGGCGAGAGAAAGUGCGACGACAUAAUAGAGUGCACGAGGGAAAAAGAGAUCCCGAGGCAGAAGAAGCGGCGGCGGCGCCGCUUCUUUUCGCUUGUCCGCUGUCGAGAGAGGGCGGAGGAACAAGUACCUCCGUCUCUCUCUCUCUCUCUCUCUUUCUAUUCCUCUCGUAAGUGUCCGUGCGUGUUGUGCUCUUGGAAGACACUGAGCGAGAGAGAGAGGAAGAACGAGGGAGCAGCAUCGAAAAAACGGAUUUUUCCACGCUGAGAAUCCGGUGAGAAGACAAAAAAAAAAAAAAAAAAAAAAAGAGAGAAGAAUGGGAUGCGCGGCAACCCAUUCUGCCGCUGUCUAGCGUAGUAGCGUGCGCUCUCUCGCCUCGGCUUCGACAGUGGCGGCGGUGGCGGUGACGGCGGUGGCGACGGGGCCCAACGGCGAGAAGCGGUCGGAAAAAUGGCGUCCGAUAACGAAGCCUCUUGCGCGAGUGACCCAAAUUUCGCGGUGAUCUGCUCGUUUCUUGGCUGCUUCGGCAAGUCCUGCGGCAUCGUCUACCCGGACAUCGCGCGGCUCCAGGAGAUGCUCGAGAACACGCAGGAAGUGUCAAGAGAAUUAAUAGACCUGCACAUCAAGCUGUUGCGUAAGACACGUAAAAGUGUAUCACCAGAAAAAUGGGAACGGGCGCUAGUCAAGUUUUGCCACACGUACUCUAAUCAGGAUGGAUGGGAACUUGAACGCUUUGGUUAUAAAAAGGCUCGCAUUGCUGUUAAACUGCGUUUACUUAAAGUACUAUUGGAAACGCAAUUUGAUUUAAAUCAAAAAUUUAAGAAUGAAGUAAACAAAUUGGCAGCUGAUGAAUUGCGUGUGGAACCUUUAGGAAGGGACAAAAGUGGAUUAGCAUAUUGGUGUCAACUGGAUGAGGAAUGCAACAUAAGAGUAUAUAGGGAAGAUUUAGACGAAGAGAAUUGGGAGCUAGUUGCUAAGGAUCGAGAGGGUGUUGUUAAUCUCAUAAACACCUUGUCGAAUGGCGAAGUCGGGGCUAUACCAAUUAACGAGGAUAGCAACAGUUUAGAAAUCUCUGAGAAACCUAUAAUAGACACCGGUCAAGUAACGACAUCGCCAAGUCUGGAAGACGAAGUUGUGCAAGAGAACGGCGUUCACGUAAACGAGAUGAAUGAUAAACAGUUACCGAAUGGCAGGAGUGACGAGUUUGAGGAUGAGCAAGAACACGAUCAAGAUCAGGAUGAUGCUAAUGAAGCCGAAAAUGAUGAUGAAGAAGAAGAAGAAGAAGAUAUUGAUGCGGAAGAGGAGGAUAUAACAAAUGACGAAAGUUCCAAGCAGAUUACAGAGGAAGACGAUUCUCAAGAAAUGGUACAAACUCCGAGCAUAGAAUCAAGAUGUAUAAACACUUCGUCUACAUUACCGGCAUCUUAUUUGAAAACGUUAAACAUGAAGGUGGAUGCAAUUUCGGAAGAUGUGAACCGCAGAGAGGCUACCGACGAAACGUCCAAUUCUUUAGCAUCGGAGAGCAAACCCACGAUUAUUAAACAGACUGCAACUGCAUUUGCGGCAGAUGUGAAAUCCGAAGUUGAAGAAUCGGCACCGUUAAAAUCGAUAGAAACACCUGUUAUUACCUCAUCUCCAUUGAAACUGGUAAAUAUUUCAGAGUUGAAACAGACGCCGGAAGAAAAAUUGACAAGUCCAACGACACCUAUUACUACACCGUUAAACGCGACGAAAAAGUACGGUAUCUCCGACGAAAUAACAGAUCCUGUCAUGAAAUCACUCGAGAAAUUAUCUGGCAAAAGUAACGUACCUUUUUCCUCCACGGAUUCUGUUUCCAUGGCACACAGCAAAUUAUCUGUCAAGCCGAUAGAUCAACUGGCUGCGAAUCUCGUGAGGAUACAGUCAGAAAGACUGGAGAAACCAAGCGGACCAAAGUCGCUGGAAAAGAUAGCGGAAUCUCUAGCAAGAUCCGGUGGUAUGUUGGGAAAUACCGCGAAUGGAGAGGACGACAGGUUGCCGCAAGAUUUUUGCUCAAGGAAUCAAUCUGAAAAAUCUCUCAGAGGUCACAGAGGCAUAGACUUGUCGACAUCACCGCGUGGCUGGGAGAGCGCGAGCGAGCAGAAUAGGCCGAUGGAUUUUUCCGGAAUCGAUCUUUCUAGUCGAAAAUUGGGGAAGACGGUGGAUCUACCUUCUCCGGGUUACAGGACGCAGGACUUUCAACAUCGAGAGAUGGAUCUGAGCACAAAGAAGCUAACCAAGGAAGUGCCAAAUCUGCCGUACGAUGCACGUAGCGUGAUGAUACGCAAUCAUGCCAUGGUGGCCGAUCUGAGCAAGCGGCAAAUGCCGUUCACCGCGUACGAGAUGUCAUCGGCGCCGUAUCACAAUACAGCUAGACCUGCCAAGGAUGAGCACAGAUUGCCGAGCUACACGAUACUUCCCGAUCCUAGCAAGAUUACUUCGUUGAGGAUGAACAGCGUAUCGAUGAAACGUCCCUUGGAAGGUGACGAUGUCCAGCAAGACAUGCUGAAGAGGAUAAGAGCGGACGUAAUUCCAAUCAGAGGUUCUAUAGAUAAGAGACCGAUGAUGAGCAGCAAUUGGAGGGAUGAGGUGAGCGAAACUAUCGAGGAACCUAUGAUGAUGGUUCAAGGCGAAGGAUCUGGUAGCGAUUGCGACGCGGUGAAUCCUAUUGUCGGAGAGGCUGUGGAGGAACCGACAAUUUUUUUUUAUGGCGAAGGUUCCGGUGCGGAAUGCGAGACAGGUAAUCCCGGUGACGACAAGUCCACUGACAAUAAAGAAAGCAACGAAUCAAAAACUGAACCUGACUCAGCUACCGCGACAUUAUCGCAGAAUAAGGUUUUAACCGAGAACGAAGUGUCUACGGGCUCGAUAGUGUCGAACAAAACCCCUGUAAAAUUAAAUAGAAACUAUCCGCAAUCUAAUUUAAGCGUAAACGAUAAUUGUGAAAUAAUAGAUUCUAUGCAAGAGAAGCCAAAGUUAAAGCAGACGUUGGGCGUCCAAAUAAUACCUAAAAGUACAACUGGUCCUGUCAAAAGGUUAUCUAGGUGGGACGUAGGUAAACCGGAGGAGAAAGCAGAAUGUGACAGUAGUAUCAUAUCACACGUAGAAGGAGACAUAUCACUGAAGGAAAAUACAAAUGAUUAUAAACGUGAUAAUGCAGAGCAGAAACUAUUGAAUACAGAUACAAAAUCGCCAACCAAACUCGAAGAUUAUGCUGAUGUAAAUCAAGAUGUCAAAACAGACGACAACAACUCUGUAAAUGCAGAAAGUGAAACCACCAUCAAAGACAGUGUUAAAUUACAGGUGUCCGAUGUAAGUUCAGAGAAUACGAGUAUAAUGGAACAGGAAAGUGAUGCUAAACUUCAAGAAUCCGUGCAGUGUGAUUCUUCUGUAUCGUCGUGUCAAAUGGACAUCUCACAGACACCGGAACAAUGUACAAAUUCUGAACUAUCUAUGGUAGAUUCAGCCAAUGUGCAAAACGAUUCAAAUAGCGUAGUUUCACGCGAGUUCGACACACCUGAAAUAGCGGAUAAUGAAUGCAAACCAACAACCGCCAAUUCUCCGCCGAGAUUUUUUUUUGGUCCCAAUUGUAUCUCAUAUACCUCGAAUUCCGAAAAGUUAGAAUCGGAGCAAAGCAUGACUGCGUCUUCGCACAGUAAAACGGAUACUGUGCAAUAUGAAUGUGUAUCUUCGUCUAAGCCAGUAGACGAUGCCGUUUAUUCAUACAAAGAUACGGAAGAUUUUGAAUUGACGCGAACGAAUAAUAAUUCGCUAAAAACGGAUCUGUUUACUUCGGACUCUGAUAGCGUUCCAUGUGGAAACAACAGCGAAGAUAUGGAAAAAAUUGAAGCAUCGAGCAACACGUGGGAUCAACAAACAACUUCAACAUUUAAUAGUUCAAUAGAUCCAAGCGAUGUAUCUGAGUGUGAUGCUACUAAUUCAUCUGUCCCGCAAGUUUCAGUAGAAGCGAGCAAAGAAUCGAGUGAACCGCAAGAACCUGUUUAUACCGACAAAGAAAUAAAAGAAGAUAAUUUUUCAAAAACGCACGUGAGUCCUACAGCAGAGACAAAAAUCGAAGAUGAAAGUAUUAAUGAUGUAAAUAUGACUGAAGAAGACUCGACUAAAAUCAGUUUGGUUAGUGAAUCCAAUGUAGUUCAACCAGAAGAAUGUGGAAUUGUUGAGCCAUCACAAUGUGAUCAGUCUACAGAUGCUGAAAAGCCUGAAAGCAUGGAAAAAGUUCAGGAAGAUAUUUCUUUUGAAAUAUCAGAUGAUGUGACAUCGCAGUUGUCGAAUGAUAAAGAGGAUAAAAAUGAAAAACCACCAGCUGAUGAGUGUAAAAACGAGAACAAUCAUCAGUCUACUAAUUCAAACAGUUCCAAGGAGGAUGAAGAGAAAAUCGAGUCUGUGACAACACCGCAUUCAUCUUUAUCGCUUCUCACUCAAGAUUCCCAAGCAGAAUUGAUCGAUCUUAAGGAAUUCGAGGAUAACAAUUCAAACGAGUUAUUGGAUUCUACAAAUGCAGCGAGAUUAUCCGAAGAUUAUCAGGAAACAAACAGUCUUCAAAAGAACGAUCUCGAUUUCGCUGGAGAGAGUUGCGACAAGCAGAGUGACAAGAACGACAACUUUUCUGAAAUCGACGGUCAGGAAGAUCAUUCGACCGACACGGAUAACGAGAAGAUGAAAGGCCUGGUCGGCUCUGAUGCCGACUCGUUGUGCGUUAAUUACGACAAGAACAGCGAAAGAACCGACGCAUUGUCGGACGUAGGGAUGCAUGAUGAUGGUUCGGGUGAUUCCGAAGAGAUUAAAGAGAAAGGACUGAACGAUAUGCAAGUUAACGAUACUAUGUUUCAUAUGGAUUCUGCGGUGAUCGCUUCGGAGUCUGCUCUCGAAGAGAAUGAUAAACAUGAUUUAGUUCCUACUAUAAGCAGUUCGGACGACGUUUCUGUGCAAGAUUCUUCAUCUCAACAGAGUGAAGCUGUGCAAAUAGACAGUGAAAAGGUUGAAAAUACAUCGUCUGUCGCCGACGAACCUUCUACGUUCAAUUUACCAGAAACAACGUCUGAAACAAAUAUUUUCGAAUUGCCCAAAUCGGAUAAUGUCGAAACUACGGAAGAAACGAAUUUGUCUAACAUAGAUCAGACUACAAGCGAAUACGUCGACGAUGUUUCUGAAAAUCCCAGUUCCUGCGUCGAUCAAGAUUCGAACGAGGAAAUGGUUAUAGAUGAUCGUGUAUCUGAAUUUAACGAAUCGUUUAAAGAAACUGAGGAAGUUACAGCCAACGAUGGACAAGCGAAGGGUGCGAUGUCAGAAGUAACGAUAGAAUCUGAAAAAGAAGCUCCAGUUGUCGCAAACGUUGAAUCAGAAUCUUGUCAAAUUGCGACAGAAACUGAAAUCCCGGAGAAAGAAAAAUCGGAAGUUAAUGUAGAAAGCAAAAACGAUGAAGAAUUUACCGAAGAUGAUAAGAGCAAAACCUGUAGUACUGAUAAACCAGAUAUAAUAGUAGCGGAAGAUUUUUGCGGCGUCAGUAAAAGUGAAGAAAUUGUCGGUAAAAGUAAAGAAGUCGUCGAUAAAAGUGAAGAAGUUGUCGGAAGCGCAGAAAAAUCUGAAGAGAUAAAUUCGACAAUUGCUACUGAAUUAUUAGAUGCACAUACAACAAAUGUAAUUUCUCAAGAAUUACAACCGAAGAUAAUGAAUGAGAAUAAAAAGUCGUUAGUUGCAAAUUACGAUAGCGAUUCGAAUGACGAUGGUAGCGAUAAUGUUUUCGAACCUGAUGUAGCGCAAAAUGAUUCUAAGGAUGACGUUGCCAUAUUGAAGCAAAAAAGUAAUAAAGAGCUGCGCGAAAAAUCACCAAUCAACAAAGAUGACAUCAACAGCAUAAAUGUAGUCUUGGAUGCACCUCAAGAGAAAUCAUCCGAGCAGCAAGACACAGCAGCGGAGGAAUUUCCAGAAAUUAAUAAAGAAACCAAAAUUAAUGAUGAAACCAAAAUUAAUGAUGAAACCAAAAUUAAUGAAGAAGUCAAAAUUAAUGAAGAAACUAAAAUUAAUGAAGUAUUAAAUGAAGAUGUUAGUAAGAAAUCCGUUGAUGAGGAAAAAAUUAUUUCAACUUCCAACAUUGAUAAUAGUAAUAUUGAAUAUUGUUUGAAUGAUGAGUCGACAACGCCUUUGGAUAAGGAUGAAUUUCAAGAAAAAACAGAUAUUAGUGAUAUUUCAGUUACUGACAAUUCCAAGACAUUGGAAGUGUCAGACACGACAAAGUUGUUAGUAGCUCCAGUCGUGACUGAAGAGAUAACUGAACCUCUUGUAAAUAAGAGUGUUGAGAUGACUAUUAGCCAUACUGAGAAAAAUAAAGAACAUCUGAAUAAUUUGAUUGACCAUACGAAAACAGAGCAAGAUAUUCAAGAUGUUGUUGAUGAAAUAACAAAAAAGACGGAUUGUUCAACAUCCGAGAAUGUUUGCAACUCUGAGGAAAACGACGCGAAUAAAUUUGCAAAAUCUUCAUUUGUCGAAGAAGAAAGUGUGGAAAUUAAUCUUGUGGAUAAUCAAGUGACGAAUAUAUUUGAUAUAAAAGAGCAACAUGUGAAGGACAUAGAGGAAAAAUUGAACGUUAAUCUGGAUACAGAUAAUAGCGUAAAGUUGAAGAAUAUUAAUGAACACAUUACUGAAGAACUGCCUAUUCCGUGUAAAAGAUUUAAAGAAGAUUUAACGGACUAUGUUAAAGACAAUAAAUGGGAUGUGAAAUUGCAAGAAGAGUGUUUAAGUAAACCAUUUGUGGAAGAAGUAAGUUUACCACCGAUUCAAACAGAAUUGGAUAUUGUGCCAGCGAAAUUGGAUAAUACUUUAGCUGCGGAUAAAUCGCAUCUUGAGAAUGUGAAAUUAGAAGAGAGCGUAUCUUCAGACGCCUUAUAUUAUCCAAAUUCCAUAUCUACGAAAAUGGAAAAUAACUUGGAUAGUAACAAUCAAAACGAGCCUUUUAGUGUAAAUGACAUGAGUGUAAAUAAAAGUACAGAAAAUUUCAGUGCGCCUUUAAGUACGAAUGAAGAAUCGAUGACAUUUCUUGCUCAAGAGACUAUUUCGGACGUUAGUACUGUAAAAUCUGAGAUCAAGAAAGAAACCAGCAAGAGAUUGAUCGAUACUUCAGACACGGAAGAUGUUCCUCCGCUAAAAUCUAAGCCACCGUACUUGGAAAUCGACGAUAAGAUGUUUGAAAAUUUACCAGGUACCGAGGUACAAGCGCUUAAGAAUCUAGAUACAUUGAACGAGGUUGAAAAAUUAAGUCCACAAGUCAAAGACGAAGCAAAAACAUCGACCAUCUCCACGACGCAAUUGUUUCAAAACGAUUUUGGCACGAUUAACGAGCCUACAGCUGCUACAGCAGUAGAAGAUGCCAAAAUCGGAUUAGAAGUUGCAGAAAGAAAAGAAGAAUCAUCUUUGGAAAUUCAAGAAGUCGAGAUGAAAAGUACUUCUGCAGAUUCCGAUAAUGAUUCGACUGGCAUGGAUAACGAAGACGUUUUUAACGUACCAUCGGAUGAAGUUGAUCCACUAGCGUGUGCCGAGGAUGACGUUUUGAAGAAUAUUGCCGAGAAUGACUCUUUAAAGAAUAUUGCCGAGGAUGAUGCUUUGAAGAAUAUUGCUGAGGAUGAUGCUCUGAAGAAUAUUGCCGAGGACGAUGCCUUGACAAAUAUUGCCGAGGAUGACGCUUUGAAGAAUAUCACCGAAGAUGACGCUUCUAAGAUAAGAAUCCGCAUGAAGCCGGCAUCAGAAAUAGCUUACGAGGGAUGGAAAUUAGACAGCACUACGGAGGCGGCGCCGAAGAUUUCGCGAAAACGGCGAAACAGCGCUCAUGAGUCAAAUUCUGAGGAUGGGGCCACAAAACAGAAAGAUGAAGAGAUGAUGGGCGGUAAGAGGAUGAAGUUACGAGCAAAACGUAUGCCCGAUAAAGAGUUACGAAAGUCCAUCGAAGAAAGUCGCGGGAUAGCGAUGAGCUCCGAGGAUGAGGCUGUAAAAUGUGAUCCCGAUAUCGUAACGGAGCGCACUAAAGAUGGCAAUGAUGAUCCGAAUAUUAUACAAUCGAUGGCGAUUGAUAAAAAGAUCAGAGGUCGUCCUAGAGGUAGACGAAGGCGUGGUUUUCGAGGAGGACGUCCCAGUCGGCCGAAACUUGCGGAGUUUCAGGGCGAUCAAACGUCGGAAAUAUCACCUGGUGCUCAUCCCGAUGGGACUUCUAAUGAUGCUUUGAACACGCAGAAGAAGCGAAAGAAACGAAAAAUGGUCCUCGGCUUGGAAAUAGGCAGGGAUAUUUCCCUAGAAUCGGAAACGCCAGGAUUGAAACUUGAUGAGGCGCCUGUUAGGCAAUCGAGAAGAAUAGCACAGUUAAAAAUUAAGGAACAAGCAGAUAGACGCAGAAUCGAAGAGGAAAGUAUGCGCGAGAUAGAAGAGAAAAAAGAAUCGGAGAAGAAGAAGAGAAAGAAGCAGAAACCGGAAAGCGAGGAGGAGGAGGAAAUUAUCAUAAAGGAAAUUGAAAAAGAGAAAAAGUCUAAAAAGAAACGUCGAAAGAGGAAAAAGAAAAAGUUGGCUAAAUUUAACGAAGCAAAUCCAUGGCAGAGCUCAUCCGGAUCUAGUAGCGACGAAGAAAAUGAGAACGAAGACGAAGAAGAGGAAGAUGAAGAUAUCGAAAGCGAGGGAUCCUUACUGUUUAAAAGUGAUCACGAAUUUUCUCCGGAAAGUGAUCUCGAAAAGGACCAAGAAUCUGAACCAUUACGACGUGCUAGAACAGCACAAAAAGCCCAAAUUGACGUUGAAGAAGCUGAGGAUGAAUACGCUUGUCAGAAAUGUGGCAAAGCUGAUCAUCCUGAAUGGAUUCUUCUAUGUGAUUCUUGUGAUAAGGGCUGGCAUUGUUCAUGCCUUAGACCAGCUCUCAUGCUUAUACCUGAAGGCGAUUGGUUUUGUCCACCGUGCCAGCAUACCUUGCUGGUGACUAAGCUACAAGAGACAUUAAAAACACUCGAUCAAUUAACAAAAAGACACGAGAAUGAAGUAUUACGGAAGAAACGAUUGGCUUUUGUCGGUAUAAGUCUGGAUAAUGUGCUCCAUAAAGGUGAGGGACAAGACGAGUCGAAAGGAUCGAGAGCAUCCAGUCAGGAAUCAGAUAACGAAUCUUCAGAUUCUUCCUCAUCAGGUUCUAGUUCCGAAACAUCGAGCAGUGAGGAGAGCGAACCAGUUUAUCAAUUACGUGAACGUCGAUGCGCCAACACCUACAAGUUUAACGAGUAUGAUGAUAUGAUUAAUGCCGCGAUUCAGGAUGAAGUUGAAGCGGUUCAAGGUGCUGGCAAUCAGGGAAGGGGUAAGGACAUCGCGACGAUAGUCAACGCGGAAAAGGAAGAAGCUCAGGCCGAAGCAUUAAAGAUGACGCAAUUAGAAGAGGACAAAGAUAUAGACGAUGUAGAAUCAAAACCAGAAAAAGAAAGUGAUGAGGAAUAUAAAAUUGAGAAUGAAGAUAUAAUUGAUGAAAUGGAAGACAAGCAAAAUAUAAUUUCUAGGAAAUUGCUAGCACGUAAGAAACAUCGAAAAUUAAAUAGCCUCGAUGUAAGCAGCGAAGAUGAUCCAGAUAGUGAUGAAGAUUUCAAGGGUACGAGUUCUGAGGACGAGGAAGACUUUGAUGAUCAUAUGACAUCAUCUGAUGACAGUUUUGCUGAUGUAAAGCGACGUAGAAAGGGUGACUUGCGACCUGUUAGAAGAUCUACAAGAGCACGCAUGACUAGGGCUUAUGAUGAAGAUUUUAUCAAUGAUGACAGCGAUGAUAGUGAUCGGCCAAAAAAAAAGAAAUCGCGAUCGGUUUGGGGAGAUUCGGAUAGUGAGGAUAGUGAUAAUUCGUGGAGACAAAGAAAGAAAAAGAGCAGAACGAUACCGACAUCCAGAAUCAGGACGAUGCCCAAAACAAAGGGCAAAAAGAAAAAAAAGAGAAAACGUAUAAUUGAAUCUGACAAUCAAAGCGAGAACGACGAAGAAGAGGAGCCUAAAAUUGAAGAACAAUGUGAACCUCACUUGCAAGACGUAGAUACUGGGCUGAAUGAGAUGAUAGAGGUUAACAAACAAGAGAAUUUUGAAAAUAACACAGACGAAAAUAAUGUUGAGUUGAAAGAUGAUGAUAAUAAAUUACAAGAAGUAGUCCCGGAUGUUCCGAUUCCACAGAUAUCACAGCCAACAGAGGUAAUACCAGUUCAAAAAAUCAAAAAGGACACUCUGCCCAAACCGAAAAAAGUCCCAACUAUUAGACGAAAGGUUAUUUAUGGCGGACUUCCAGAUGAAAAUAAACGAGACGAGGAGGAAAUAUUAAGCAGAAGAACUAGAGGACGAAAGAUCAAUUAUCGAGAGGAAAUGGCAUCAGAUAGUGAGGAGGAACUGAAGAAAGCGUUGAUGAGAAGAACUGGUGAAAGCGAAGAUGAAUUUGUGGUGAACGAGGCUGACGACAUAAAUGAUGAUGGAGAAAAGGAUUCCGACUCAGGAGAUGUUUAUAUUCCCAAGAAGGAUGCUUUAAAAUUUAAAAAUAAAUUGAAGGCUGGAAGGAAACCACGUAACGGCAAGAGUCCUGGAAUGAAACGAAAAUCGUUGCCGGAUGACAUGCCGAAGCAGAGAAAAAAACCCGGACCCAAACCAGGAAGCAAGAACAAGGCCCGUAAACAAAAGUUAAAUGACGAUGCAGAUGGAGAUAUGAUUGGCUCGGUCAUGGACAAUCCUAUCGGCGAUAUAGCGUCCAAAAUGGACGAGAAUCUUCCGGACAAUGUCGGACUGACGGGUACAACGAUGUCGGUGGCGAGCUCGUUUACUGGAGAUGUUCCCGAGGGUUCGUUGACGGGUCUUGGUGCCGGCGAGCUAGCUGACUUGGACGACGAGCAGCUCGAGCAGAUGAUGCUGGAUGAAGAGUAUGGACGACGGCAAUUGGAGCUCGCGGCAAUCGAGAUAGCAAAAAAGAAGAAAAAAGAAGAACGAGAGGCUAAGAAGUUGGAGAAGGCGCGUUUGAAGGCUUUGGAAAUAUUGGCGGCAGAAAGACAAAGGGAUCCUAACGCACCUGAGGGAACGGACGGCGAGGCGCCUAAGAAGAAGAAACGCGGACGUCGCAGCAAAGCCGAGAUAAUUGCUGAACAAAUGCGCAGGGAUGGUGCGCCGAAUCUGGGCAUCGUGCCGUCAUCAGGUAUCGGCGGUAUUGGUACGCCGGAUGGCGCGAGUAAUAUGCAAUCGCACAACGUGAAUCCUACUUUGUCUACGGGUUUGACACCGGAACCUGACAGAAGCAUCGAAGGUGGACACAUGCCUCUUAUGACUGGACCGGAUGGACAACUCUUUAAUCCAGAUGGCACGCCGGUGAAACCAAAACGACGGGGUCGUGGCAAGGGUAAGAAGACACUCGCAUUGGAGGCAGCUAGAGCAGCUGAGGCGGCGGCCAAGGCCGCCGCCGAAGCCGGCUUGAUCGCUGGUAUGGGCACCGACUCGAAUCCAGAGAUGAAACAGAACGAUAUCCCGAAUAUUCUUCCUACACCAGGUAGCAGUACAUCCGGCUCGGCGCCCUCCACACCGCCGGCGAGUGCCGUCCCGACACCAGGUCCACCAUCGACACAGUCAUCGAACUCGCAAUCAGUUUAUCCAUCGCUACCAUCCGGCCAACAGUCUUCCGUCAUUACAAGGAUGCUCCAAUCUCAACCAGUAUCCAGCAGUCCGCAGUCCUUCACCGCAGCAGCGGCCGCGAUGGGUCACAAGUAUUUUGGGGGGCCUAAUGUCGGUGGACAAAUGAUGGGCGGUCCGCGAACGGGAUACGAGAUGCAGCCUCGCGCCAGGAUUCCGUCUCCAUAUAGGCAGGCAGGUCAGUCAUCAAUGCCACCGCAUUUCGCCGCAGUUAGAUCGGGCACACCGCCGAUGCGUAUGCGAGUACCCGGACCGCAGAUGUAUCACACGUCUCACCAUCCAAUGGAUCCAUCACCAUCGGGUGGCGGACCGAUCUCGAUCAAUAAUCGAGAUCGCAGUUCGCCUCUAGCCGGGGGACCGGCGAUGAUUCCAGCAUCGGCUGGUAGUCCAUUGGCCAAGGGUGGUCCGACGCCACCACCUCCACCCUACGUACGGGGCGGUCCGCCGAUGGCCAGGUUUGCGGAGAAUCCCAUGGGGCCCAGGCAUCAGAUGCCACCGUUCACCAACGCCUCGCCGGUCAAUCACAGCAUGCAGCAACCCUCGCCGCCCCCCAAUCGACCACCUGGUAACUUCUCACCGUAUCAUCCGCCUCCGCCUCCCAAUUACCAUUAUGGUGCCUAUCCACCACCUCCGCCGAUGUCCACGGCGGACGAUGCAGCCGCCUACCAAGGCUCGCCGUAUCCCUCGGAGCACUUCUCCUCGCCAGAUAACCAGCCUCCGAUCCAGGGGCCACCUCCACCUCAGGCACCGCCGGCAUCGCAGCAGGCGCAUCCAGGUGAUCCCAAUGCCGGUAACAAGCAGUACGAUGAAGAGGGCACCGGCGAAUUUGGUGGGCUGGUAUCUUAUUUCAGCAGCCAGAGGGAGGACGAUCUCGAUUCGUAGCAUGAAUGAGAGCUUGGCCAACCCUGAAUCAUUAGGUAGAGGAAGCGUGCCCAGGUAAAAUCGCAACUUUUGCCGCAGAGGAAAAAACGAUAACAUAAACGCGAGUAUGAUACUCUGGGAGAUUCGACUUUUUUCGAGAAUAUUAUAGUGCGCGUGUCGCGUGAAACAUAGAGCUAGAGUCUUCCUCUUUCACCUCUAAAGCAAACAGUUGUCCUGUGUAGUUCUUGCACUUACGGAAAAAAAUAUGUCACUGGAGGCAAAUCCGAGGUUGGCCAAGUGUAGAGUGAGCGGAGAGAUAAGUCAGAACGACAAGGCGGAGCCUAUUUUCUAAGAGUUGUAAGUUUUUCUGUAAUUAGCUUUCAGUUCAAUUGGAUUUAUAUACGACGAUGUGCGACUGUGCGAAAGCUCUAACAUAAUGCAGACACAACGGUUGUUUUAUCCAGGAAAUGACGAAAGGAAAGAUCUGACCAGAAGCCGUUUUUCAUCAUUAUUCAUUGCUAUAAUCAAGAAGAAAUGAAGAAAUUUGCGAGCGAAUUUAUUCCCGAAAAACUUUACAGAGAAUAGAGAGUGUUCGCUUUGCGAACUAGUGUAUUCCGUAUAGGAGAAAAUAAAAAAUUGAUCUUUAAUAAUGAUGAAAAAGGAAAAUUGAAAAAUUGAUUGAUUGGAACGACGUACCGUUGUUGAACAUGUACAUAUGUAAAUAAUAUAUAAGUCAUUUAGAUUAUAUAUGUAUUAUAUUAAUAAACAUACACAGAGAGAGAGAGAAAGAAACGCAGUCAUGCAGAAUAUACUAUAAAAAUGAAUUAGUGCGAAAAGGGCACAAAUGUAAUAUUUAAAUUUAAUUCAAGAGAAUGGCAUCUGAUAUAAUAAA